CGUCCUAACCUCAAACACAUCUCUCUGAUUACUUGGUUUUGUUUUCUGACGUGGAAUACCAGCUGCAAAGUAUUUACUACAAAUUUAGGAACAAUUAUGGAGUCUUUAAACGUAUUCGAAGAUUUGAGGCGGAUGAACAAACGCCAGUUCAUUUACCAAGUGCUUAGUUUCGGUAUGAUAGUCUCCUCGGCAUUAAUGAUAUGGAAAGGACUGAUGGUGGUAACUGGCAGCGAAAGCCCCAUAGUUGUAGUAUUAUCUGGCAGUAUGGAGCCGGCAUUCCACAGAGGAGAUCUAUUAUUCUUAACCAAUUACCCUGAAGAGCCUGUUCGGGUAGGAGAAAUUGUGGUCUUUAAAGUAGAGGGUAGAGAUAUUCCUAUUGUGCAUCGUGUGCUAAAGCUCCAUGAAAAGAAAAACGGUACUGUAAAGUUCCUGACGAAAGGAGACAAUAAUAGUGUGGAUGAUAGAGGUCUGUAUGCUCCUGGACAAUUGUGGUUAACCAAAGAUGAUGUAGUCGGCAGAGCAAGGGGAUUUUUGCCUUAUGUAGGGAUGGUUACUAUAUUAAUGAAUGAAUACCCCAAGUUUAAGUAUGCUGUAUUGGCCUGUUUAGGACUAUAUGUGCUGGUGCACAGGGAGUGAGAUUACAUUUUUAACUUCUUAAUUUAAUUUUGUUACUUAAAAUUAAUAAAUAAAUAAGAAAAUAUUUUUUUAGUA